AAUUGAAAUAAAAUAAAAAUGUUAUGUUUAUUUAUAUUCGAUCUAAAUAUAAUAAGACGCUUUUACUUUACGUUCCUUCAAAAUUAUGAUAUUUACGUAAAGUGUUUUUAAAUCGAACUUUUAUUAUUUAAAUUCGAAAACUUUGGUAGUAGUUAACUUGGCAUCAUAUAUAUAAUUAUUAUAACCAAGAAAUAGGUUAUGUUCUGUCUAAAGUUAAAAUAUAAAGAGAAAUUAUGUCUGAACAGGUAGAAAGAAUGCAUCGAAGAACGAAAAGUGUUACAAGAGCCGAAGAAAUACAAGCUGAAGAACAGAAAGCUAGAAAAAAUCAACCUGAUAAACCGUGUCAUAAACCAAGAGAUUCUUUGUUUUCUUGGAAUUCGGGCUUUGAUAAUUUCACGGGUUUUGUAAAUUGGGCAUUUCUAUUACUUUCCAUAGGAGGUAUAAGACUGUUACUGGAAAAUUUUAUCAAAUACGGUAUAAGAAUAGAUCCAAUCCAAUGGUUGUAUAUAUUAACUGGUCAAGAUGAUUCUGGAUCCGAACAUCCGUCUAUCGUUUUAAUAAUGUAUUCUUGUGUGCCUGUAAUGUUGUGCCUUUUAACUGAAAAAGGUUUGGCUGUGGAAAUUAUUCCCAAUCACGUCGGUAUGUUUGUUCACGUAGUAAAUCUCAUAGCAUUAAAUUUACUUCCGAUGGCUGUUAUACACGUUAAAGACGGUUUUAGUUUAGUUGGUGCUUCUACAGUAACUACAUUAUACAGUAUCUUAUUUUUAAAAUUAUGGUCGUACGUUCAGGUGAACAUGUGGUGUAGACUCGCCAGGUUGAACAACAAAAGUAGUUUAAGGAGACAGUCGAUGUCUUAUAACAAUUUAAGGAAAAGGAAAAAUAGUGAUGGUAGAGAAGAUUCUUUAGAAGAUCUAAAAUUAGUGCAAUAUCCCGAUAAUUUGAAUCUUAAAGAUAUUUAUUAUUUUCUAUUGGCGCCUACGCUUUGUUACGAAUUGAAUUUUCCUAAAACUGAAAGGAUUAGAAAGAGAUUUUUGAUUAAAAGGAUAAUUGAAGUAGUAUUAGGGACGCAAUUGAUUUUUUGCGUUAUACAACAGUACAUGAUUCCGUCUGUAAAAAAUUCCCUCAUUCCGUUUAGCAACAUGGAUUAUACGAAAGCAACGGAAAGACUAUUGAAAUUGGCGAUUCCCAACCACCUCGCGUGGUUGUGUAUGUUUUACAUCAUGUUCCAUUCGUGGUUGAAUCUAUUGGGUGAAAUUUUACAUUUUGCCGAUAGAAGUUUCUACGGUGAUUGGUGGAAUUGCAACAACAUAGAUAGUUUUUGGAGGAAUUGGAACUUACCCGUCCAUAGGUGGGCGUUGAGACAUUUAUAUUUUCCGUUAAUUGAAAUGGGUUACGGUAAAUCGCUAGCUAGUCUCGCGGUGUUUUUCAUCAGCGCAUUUUUUCACGAAUAUAUGGUUAGUGUACCUUUGAAAACUUAUAAAAUAUGGGCGUUUAUGGGUAUGAUGGCUCAAGUACCGCUAUCCCAUUUUUCUAAAGCUAUCGAAAAGGCUUACGGACCACGCUUUGGUAAUUUAGUAUUUUGGGCUUCAAUUAUAUUGGGACAACCGCUUUGUAUUAUGAUGUAUUAUCACGAUUAUAUCGUCGUUAGAUAUGGGGAAUCGUUAUUGGAGGAUUAUUCCCAUAUUUGAAUGCAAAAAUUUCGGUUAAUACUACUAUUUAAAACAACUCCAUACUUUUUUUUUUAUAUGAAUAGAAAUUUUUACAAGUUCCUAUUUUAUAAUUUUAUUUAUAUAAAUGUUACGAUCAACGCCAUUAUCAAUAAGCUAUUUUUAAUAUUUGUUUAAUAUAUAAAUACAACGAUGUAUAUACAUUUUUUUCAGUGUCAGUUAUAUAAUAAAUAAUAUAUUUUGCAAA